AUGGAUACUUCCAAGGCUUUGGGCGGCGUUCAAUCGCGCGUCUUCAAACGAAUUGCAAUUACCGUCCUUGCCUUUACGCUGUCGGCUGGCAUCAUGGUCGCCUUGUUCACGUAUGCCCCAGAAAAACACUUGCAGCGCAUCUCCAACGCUGUGGGCAUUCCCUUCAAGGCAUGGCCUAUCCCUCAAUGCGGCGGUUUCAUCGGCUCCAAUGAAAUUUGGGAAGCAUCGCAAACAAAAUAUCAACAUCUUCGAGACGACAAAUUCACCAUCGCCAUGCAAACAUAUCGACGGCCGAAGGAACUAAACGACACGCUACAUGCGCUACUAGCCGAAAAGAUCCCCUCCCUGCAAGAAGUAGUCGUGGUGUGGAAUGAUCUUGAGAACGCACCUCCCCCGAAUUACAAAUCGAAGUAUGGCGUACCUGUGCGCUAUCGACACUCAAAAGAGAACAGCCUCAACCAGAAGCUGUUGCCCGAUCCCGCAUACGAAACCCAAGCAAUUUUCCUGUCCGAUGACGAUAUUUAUUUCAAGCCCAGGGACCUUGAAUUCGUCUUCCAGUCCUGGCGCAAGUUCGGGCGACGACGCAUGACUGGUGGGUUCACUCGCUGCGCCGUCCGAGAAGCUAACGGCAAAUGGAAAUACUCUUUUUGUUCCAAGGACGAGGGCCAUAACAACUACAACAUGAUUUUAUCCGGACUCGCCUUUGCCCACAUCUCGUUCCUGGACUACUAUUCCUCCCAAGACGAAAUCCCCAAGAAGAUCCGUGCUUACGUCGAUGAGCAUUUCAACUGCGAGGACAUUGCCAUGAACUUUCUCACGUCAUUAUUGACGGGCGAAGGUCCCCUGCUUGUCAAGGGCAAGGACCCGUACGUGAGCUUUGUGCCGACCAACGGCAUUAGCACCAAACCUGGACACAUUGAAGCUAGAAGCAAAUGCAUCAAUGACUACAACGACAUGUUCAAGUGUAUGCCGUUGAUUGACGAGACGGCGCAUAUUGAGCCCGGUGUUAUUAUUUCAUGA